AUGACACCAUUUGAGGCAUUGUAUGGUAUAAGGUGUAGAAAACCUUUAUGUUGGUAUGAGUCAGGAGAGGGUGAUGUGAUUGGACAUGAGAUUAUCCAACAGACUACAGAGAAGAUGAAAGUGAUCCAAGAGAAGAUGAGAGCUUCACAAACUCUCCAAAAGAGCUAUCACUGUACACGAAGGAAAACACUUGAGUUCCAAAAGUGGGAUCGCAUGUUUCUGAAAGUUACUCUGGUAACUGGUGUUGCCCAAGCAUUUAAGUUCCAAAAGGUCACUCUACAUUUCAUUGGUAUGUACCAUAUUUUACAAAGGAUAGGAGGAAUGGCCUAUCAUAUUGCUUUACCACUAUCACUUACUAAUCUUCAUGAUGUAUUUCAUGUGUCUCAGCCGAGGAGAUACAUUUCGGAUCCGUCUCAUGUGAUCCAAGUGGAUGUGCAGGUGAGAGAUAAACUGACUGUUGACGCAUCACCCAUGCAGAUAGAGGAUCGAGAAGUGAAACAGUUGCGUGGUAAGGAGAUUCCCUUGGUGAAAGUAGCUUGGGGAUGA